GUCUACCUCGGGUGCCUGGUCUGUGGAACUCAAGACUCACUACAUAUAAUCCCGCCAAUCGCCAUAUUUAGGAUGAAGGACGUUUAGUGUAACGUCUAUGCCCACCGUUCACUCUUCCGCGUUUCUUACGCCUCUAUUGCGCUACCCUUGCAGAAGACCUGCGCCAGCGCCAACGCAGUUUCAUCCGACCUUCUACAGUGCACGCUUGACCCUGUAUCGAGUAGAAUCGCAUUAUUCGCUUUCGCAAUCCAGGUUAUCUGGGGUCUAUCAGCAGCUGAAAAGGGUUCCUAACGGCAUUUGUACGAAUACAACGCGGCUAGCUCUCACAAUGGCGGACUCAAAAGGCAGGAAGCAAGCUACCCUGGGGAGGUUCUUCGGUUCAGAUUCAAACUCGAAGGAAGCCCCCAAGAAGCAAACCACGCUAUCAUUUUCAAACAAGAAAGGCAAAGCCACAAAAGAUGCGACUCGAUCAGAAACGGUGCAAAAUCCUGCCCCUGUCAACGGACAUGUGGUUAACGGGAGCGCAAACGUUGACGCUGACACUGCGGACUCUGCCGCUGAUUCUGAGCCGGAGGCUGUCAAGGCAGACGAUCCGGGCGAGUCAAACAACUUGAAAAGAGAGAAUAGCAGCGAAGAAGGGGAUAGUGAUGUUCAGCCUGCGAACAAGCGCCGCCGGAAGGCCUCGCAAGGGGACGAAGCACCCGCCGCUUCGAAAAGAAAAACCGCGACACCAAAGAGUCCCAGAAAGCGAUCACAAUCGAAAGAGCCGUCGCCACCAGCCGCCAUUGUAAAGGCAUCAGGAGAGAUAACGCCGGAGAAGGAAGCAAGCGCCUCGGAUAAGGAAGAAGCAGAAGAAGAGGCACAGUCUGCUAGCGAGGACGAAGAAGAUGAGAAGCCCGAGAUGAAGAAGAAGAAGAUUGAGAAGGCUCAAGCUACAUUGAAGGCCAACGGAACCGAACCCUACCCCGACUGGAAAGCCGGCGAUCCGGUCCCAUACGCCGCCCUCUGCACCACCUUCUCCCUCAUCGAGAUGACUACAAAGCGACUGGUGAUCCUGGCCCAUUGCUCGCUUUUCCUUCGCCAAGUACUGCGCUUGACUCCCCAAGAUCUGCUCCCCACAGUCCAGCUUAUGAUCAACAAGCUGGCUGCGGACUACGCUGGAAUCGAGCUUGGAAUCGGCGAGUCCCUCAUCAUGAAGGCGAUUGGCGAGAGUACUGGACGUAGUUUGGCCGUGAUAAAGACGGAUCAACAUGAGAUCGGUGACCUUGGCUUGGUGGCUGCUAAGAGUCGUGGCAACCAGCCGACUAUGUUCAAGCCGAAACCCUUGACGGUUCGAGGGGUGCAUGAGGGUCUCCUCGCCAUUGCUAAGGUCCAGGGUCAUGGUUCUCAAGACAAGAAGAUCUCGGGCAUCAAAAAGCUCCUUUCGGCCGCUGACGCAGCAACUGCAGGUAAAGGCAGCAAAGGCAUUGAUAUUACCAAGGACAAGGGUGGUCCCAGCGAGGCUAAAUACAUUGUUCGAUUCCUGGAAGGAAAGCUGAGACUUGGGCUGGCGGAAAAAACUGUGCUUGUUGCCCUUGCUCAAGCUGUAGUCGCACAUGAGGCCGCUUUAGAUGGUCAGAAGACUCCCGCUGCCGAGAAGCUGGCAGAAGGCGAGGCGAUUCUGAAGACUGUCUACAGUGAACUACCGGCGUACGAAGUGAUUAUUCCUGCCAUCCUCGAGCACGGCCUGUUCAACUUGCGCGACGUCUGCAAGCUGCAGCCGGGUAUUCCCCUCAAGCCUAUGCUUGCCAAACCGACCAAGUCCAUUACCGAAGUGCUUGACCGGUUCGAAGGGAAAGAGUUCACCUGUGAGUACAAAUACGAUGGGGAGAGAGCGCAGAUCCACUACGUCGCCCCUGACUCGAUCCAUCAAUAUCCGGGUGCGACGGCCACCUUGAAGAAGGACAGCAAAGGCCUCAGCGCCAUCUUCUCUCGGAAUUCCGAAGACCUAUCGAAGAAAUACCCCGAUGUGCUUGCCAAGCUUGACGGCUGGAUUAAGGACGGUGUGACAAGUUUUGUGCUAGACUGUGAGACGGUUGCUUGGGACACAGUGACCAAGAAGGUCCUGCCAUUCCAGCAACUUAUGACCCGCAAGAGGAAGGAUGUCAAAGCGGAGGAUGUCAAGGUCAAAGUCUGCGUAUUCGCCUUCGACCUUCUGUUCUUGAACGGAGAGCCUACCGUUAAGAAAAGCUUACGAGAACGCCGUGAACUGAUGCAUGAAUCUUUCCAAGUCACUGAAGGCGAGUUUCAAUUUGCACAAUAUGGCAACACGAACGUGGUGGAUGAGAUCCAGACCCUGCUCGACGAGAGUGUCAAGGCAUCAUGUGAAGGUCUGAUGGUCAAGAUGCUGGACACCGAGGAGAGUGGCUACGAACCGAGCAAACGGAGUCGAAAUUGGUUGAAGGUCAAGAAAGAUUAUCUCAGCGGGGUCGGUGACUCUCUUGAUCUUGUGGUUCUCGGCGCCUACCAUGGUCGAGGCAAGCGUACUUCGGUAUAUGGUGCCUUCCUCUUGGCCGCGUACAAUUCGAGUACCCAGACGUAUGAGACGAUCUGCAACAUUGGCACCGGAUUCUCCGAAGCAGUUCUGGAAGAGUUCUAUAAUGAACUCUCGCCUCUGACCAUUGACCGACCCAAGCCUUUCUACUCUCAUUCGACUGUUCCCAAGGACCAGCCCGAUGUAUGGUUUGAACCGCGACUUGUAUGGGAGGUCAAGACUGCGGAUCUGACCCUUAGUCCCCGAUAUAAGGCCGCAGCGGAUGAAUUCGUGGGGACGACUGGAGGAGGAAAGGGCGUUUCUCUUCGCUUCCCGCGCUUCAUUAAAUCUAGAGACGACAAGAAACCCGAGCAGGCAACGACCACGCGGGCCGUGGCGGAGAUGUACCGCAAACAGGAGGCGGUCCAGAAGGAGAAUGCUGGCAAGGGAGGAGUGGACGAUGAUUUUGAAUACUAAGGUUCCCGAGUUCCUGCAUGUCUUUGAUGGCGUGGGAGGUACCUGUACAUGUAAUGCCGUUGGGGUUCUGGAUACCCACUUUGAUGUGUCUGCUUUGUUGCAUUGUUAGAGUUCCAAGUUCCCUCUGUAAGGGCCCUUUCAUCGAGUAGGUCAAGAUCUGCCCUUUACCGACCGAGCGGGUGUUUCAUGC